AUGGAAAAUGAGCCGGCCAACAAGCAGGGCCGGGUCGAGCCAGAACCGCAAGCGCCUCCGGCGAGCCUGGACUUCAUCGGCAGCCUCCCCGACGAGAUGUUGGUAACCAUCUUAUCCCUCCUCCCCAUUAAAUCUGGCGUGCGAACCACUGUCCUCUCCCGGCGAUGGCGCCCCCUCUGGCACUCCACCCCUCUGGACCUCAUCGACGAUGACAAGCUCUAUUGCGGGGAUCACAAAUGCUUGGAUGCAUUGUCCCACAUCCUCGCCACACACCCUAGGCCAGUCAGACGCCUUGCCAUCGACAAGUUCCAUUCCAACUGCAAGGUCGAACCUAAGUUUCAGGAGUGGUUCCAAUCCCCGGCCCUAGAUCAACUCGAGGAGCUGAGCUUUCAAGCUGGGCAUCUGCGUUCACUGCCGCCGUCCGCGCUCUGCCUCGCGCCCACGCUGCGCCGUGCUCUGCCUCACGCCCACGCUGCGCCAUGCUCUGCCUCGCGCCCAAACUGCGCCGCGCUAGGUUCACGUAGUGCUUUUCCCCCAGAUUAA